AUGACGACUCGUAAUGAAAUCCAGAUGUUUUUACUGGGUGCUGGAGUCACUCAAAAAGAAAGCUCCCCCACACCUAACACCACCCUGUCCUGCUUCAGCACAGGACAGAGCUGCGAAGCACCACACGGCGGCAACUCAGCCGAUCGAUGUGCAUGCCGAGCACUUCGUUUCAAGGUCACUCCAACACCAACUUCAGUCAGAAGAAAAACAACCCGCAUCCAGAGCGUUCCCUUGGCGCUUCAUUCGCAGCAUCCAAGGAGAGCAUCGAUCUCCUACCACCAACCCAAACGCCUGCCGUCCACCUCUCGAAGCACAGCCGGAGUGCAGGAUCCUCAGCAUGAGAAGAUAAUAACUGUCACUUCUAAUGGAAGUAUUCACAGCCCCAAGUUUCCACACACAUACCCGCGCAAUACUGUACUAGUGUGGAGAUUAGUAGCAGUAGAUGAAAAUGUAUGGAUACAGCUUACUUUUGAUGAAAGAUUUGGGCUUGAGGACCCAGAAGAUGACAUUUGCAAGUAUGACUUUGUAGAAGUUGAAGAACCUAGUGAUGGCACUGUUCUAGGGCGCUGGUGCGGUUCCAGUAGUGUGCCAAGCAGACAAAUCUCCAAAGGAAACCAGAUCAGAAUAAGAUUUGUGUCUGAUGAAUAUUUUCCUUCUCAACCUGGAUUCUGCAUCCAUUAUACCCUUCUUGUGCCACACCACACAGAAGCACCUAGCCCACCAUCGCUGCCCCCAUCAGCUUUGCCAUUAGAUGUAUUAAACAAUGCUGUUGCUGGAUUCAGUACUGUGGAAGAACUUAUCCGGUACCUUGAACCAGAUCGGUGGCAGCUGGAUUUGGAAGACUUGUACAGGCCAACGUGGCAACUUCUUGGGAAGGCAUAUAUUCAUGGGAGAAAAUCAAGAGUGGUUGAUCUCAACUUGCUAAAGGAGGAAGUGCGGCUGUACAGUUGCACCCCUCGCAACUUCUCAGUGUCACUGAGGGAGGAGCUGAAGAGAACUGACACCAUUUUCUGGCCACUGUGUCUUCUGGUUAAGCGUUGUGGUGGAAACUGUGCCUGUUGUCAUCAGAACUGCAAUGAGUGCCAAUGUAUACCAACAAAAGUCACCAAAAAAUACCACGAGGUUCUUCAGCUGAAGCCAAGGAGUGGUGUCCGCGGACUGCAUAAAUCGCUGACAGAUGUGCCCUUGGAACACCACGAGGAGUGUGACUGUUUUUCUUGACAAUACAUGGAUUUAUAAUUUAGGAGUAAAAAUAAAGUUAGAAGGCUCACAUCAUGGAGACUGGAUCCUGCUGGCUGUUUCAUUUCUACAGCUCCAGAACAUCUGGCCUCUGGCUGAAAACAUCUGAAAUCUUCCUUUCUGUGUUCAACUACUCCUAUGUACUCAAAGCAUUCUCUGUUUUAUAAAUUUGGUUUAUACCAGACUGCCUUGUUCUGAAUUAAACUUAAUUUGUCUAACGCUGGUAGGAAAGACUGGAUUUUUCCAUGUGCUCUAGUAAAGCUCCUGCCUUUUAGAAAGAAGACUGGACAGUAACGUGAGCUAAGGAAGAAAACGUUGAAAAGAACAAUGCAUUUAUUCUUAAUACUAUGGCCGAUGAUUUUUUGUUUGUUUGUUAUUUUUAUUGUGUACAUUUUUAUACUCUCCUUUUGACAAUAUAACUAUUUGCUUUUCUAAACUUGUUAAAUAUAUCUAUUUUUACCAAAGGUAUUUAAUAUUCUUUUUUAUUACAAUCUAGAUCAACUAUUUUUUAGUUUUAUGAAACUUUAAAGACGGAUUUGUACAGCUGGAGGAACAUAGAAGAGAUUACAAUGGGAUAGGAGCACUAUAUUUUUACUUUGUUGCUACACAGUGAAAAAGUACUUUUUUUUUUUUUUUUAAACCUGCAAGCACAGUAAUAAUAAAAAGCUAAUAAAAAGCUCAAAGCUUUGCUAGCUCCAUGAUACCGAAUAUACAAGAGAUGGACAUUACUAUAAGUGGUUUCACAAGCUGAUGUUAAAAAUUCCCUCUCUCCAUUCUAGCCUUUGUUCCAGUAGAAAAGAGAUGAGCAUAGAUAGAUGCAUCGUGGCUUGUUUAACUCUUCAGUUUCUUUAAAGUAGGGUGAUCUACAGUGAGUUCAGAGGCUUACAGCCUUCAUGAUGCAUCAUUGUCAUGGGAAGGCAGCCUUGUUAAUGUUGAAGUGUAUGGUUUUCCACUGACAUUUAUCGCUGUUUAAAUCCUGUUCACUCAUGGGAUUGUAGCAUUCUUCAGUACAGCUAGAUCAACUAUGGUUUUGUUUCUUCUGUACUUUAUAUCCUCUAACCAAUACACUUAUCCCAACCUAUUCAAAUUGAAAAGAAAGCAGUAAAAUAUUUUGCUUGUAAAAUGCUUUAACGUUAUGCCUAGUUUAUUUUAUUUUUUUUUUUUUACUAUUGGAUUUGCAGAUUGUAAUGAAUCACCAAAUAAAGUAAUAAUGCUAAU